AUGACGGCACCAGCAGGAGGAGCAGCAGCAGGAGUAGGAGUAGGAGCAGACGACAGCAGUGGAUUAACGACGGUGGAAGGCACCGGAUGCACGUACGUCCUGCGCGACGAAAUUGGUCGGGGCGCCUACGGUAAGGUGUACCUGGCGGAUGUCAUUCAUACUGAUCCGAUGCAAUCCCCGCAGCCCGUGCCGCCCCCGCCGUCGUCGACGCAGCUGCCAAGUCUGUGGCGCUCGACCGGCGGCGGGCUGGUGGAGAAGGCGAUCAAAAACACGACGAUAUCCACCACCAACACGAAUGGGAGUAGCAGUGGGGCGAGCAACGGGCACCGCGAUAGCUGCAGCAGCAGCGGCACAAACACAGCGGGGCAGAUGGUGCUGAAGCGGAUGGAGAACGUGAGCGUCGAGGACGGGCUGCAGGCCGCUACGCUGCGCGAGUUUAUGGUGCUCGACGAGAUCAGCAUGGGUUCCUUUGAUCGGGAGCACGCCGAGGUGGAGGCGUUUCGCGCUGGGCGGGUGGUCUUCCGCACCAGUUCCACCACCUCCGCCGCUGCACGUCCGCACGAGGGCAGCGCCUGCUCCUUCCUCGGCAACAGCAAUACGGUGAACACAAACGGCAGGUGGGAUGACGAGGUGCUGGCCACCUCCACCUCCCGCAACGACGACUACGACUACCUCUCCUCCCCGCUGCGGCGUCGCAUCAAUCGCGGGCGUAGCUACCUCAUCGGCAUGCGUGACACCAUCAUGCGACCGCAGGAGCAACUCGCCUACGUGGCCUUGGACUACUGCGAUGGCGGGGAUCUUUGGCACUUCAUUCACGAUCUGAAGGUGACGCUGAAGACAUCAGACCGCCAGUUUGGCGACGCGAUGCCGACGAAGGUCUUCCGCCGAUGGGCCGUGGAACUUAUUUUAGGGCUCGCCUUUCUUCACUCUCGCAACAUCUCCCACCGCGAUCUAAAACCGCAGAACUUGAUGCUGGCGAGGCGGACGGACAUCCCGGUUGUGCCGGCGCCGCGACCAGCGCUGGACUCGGGGCGGGAAGACGAAGACGAGGGGGAGGGCAAGUCGCAGCUGCCGCCCGGCGAGCAGUACAACCUGAAGGUGGGCGACUUCGGUCUCUCCCGAUUAGAGGAUAUCCCCUAUAAGAAGUACCUGCACGAGGCCGUGACGCUGUGGUACCGCAGUCCUGAUGUGCUGUUGGGCAACACCAACUACCACUUCUCCGCUGACGCGUGGUCGCUGGGCUGCAUCUUGGUGGAAAUGGCGUCCGGCAGCGUUCUCUUCAAAGGCCGCGAUGAAGCCGACGAGCUUCGGCACAUCUUCACGCGUGGCUGCCGGCCGUCGUUGUUCAACUUUCCGCGGUUAACGGAGUACCCCUACGCGGAGCGCUUUGCGGAGGUGCUGCAGAAAUACCGCGACGUCGACGGCGAGGCGAAGGCGACCGCCGACGGCGUCGAUGCGGAGGCGGCGCUGCAGGCCCACGUGGAGAAGCUGGCGCGUCACCUGCGCGCUUUCUUAAAGGAGCGCAAUGCGCAGAACCUUUUAGGGACAACGGGAAUCGAUUUAGUAGCCCGACUUUUGGUGUUUGAUCCGGAGCGGCGCUUUACGGUGCUCCAAGUGGUGCGCCAUCGCUUUUUUCAAGAGGCGUACGCGGAGGUGUACGGGCCGGAUUGA